AUGUCUACGAUACAACAACUCAAAAAUUUCAUCCGUCAUGGCAAGCAAGCUCGUGUUGCCGCCGAUGACGCCUCCAAAAACCCGGAGGCACCCCCCACUGGGCAGGCAGCCAAAAUUAUCCACCAUCACGCUGUCUCAGAUCCAGCCGUAGUCAACGCCAAGUCUAAACGGAUAGACGAGUCUAAGAUUGCCAAGCUGGUAGCCGAGGAAAAUGAGAGCAAAUCCAAGUUUCCGAAGUAUCCCGCGCUUGAGCGAUGGCAAUUACUCGAGAAAAUGGGUGAUGGUGCCUUCAGCAAUGUCUACCGCGCCAAAGACCGACACGAAAUUCAUGGCGAGGUGGCUAUCAAGGUCGUGAGAAAGUAUGAGAUGAACAGUCUGCAGCGCGCCAACAUCCUGAAAGAGGUCCAAAUCAUGCGGCAGCUGGACCAUCCCAACAUCGUCAAACUCAUCGAGUUUUCCGAGUCGAAGGAAUUCUAUUACAUCGUCCUCGAGCUUGCGCCGGGCGGCGAGCUUUUCCAUCAGAUUGUCCGACUUACCUACUUUAGCGAGGAUCUGUCUCGCCAUGUCAUCACUCAAGUAGCCAAGGCUCUUGAAUAUCUUCAUGAAGAAAAGGGCGUCGUUCACAGGGACAUCAAGCCGGAGAAUAUCCUUUUUAGCCCCAUUCCGUUUGUACCAGCGAAGCACCCACGUCCGAAACAACCGGGGGACGAGGACAAGGUUGACGAGGGCGAGUUUAUCAGGGGUGUUGGUGCUGGAGGCAUUGGUCGGAUCAAAAUCGCCGAUUUCGGACUCUCCAAAGUUGUGUGGGAAAGCCAGACUAUGACCCCUUGCGGUACCGUCGGGUAUACAGCCCCCGAAAUCGUCAAGGAUGAGCGUUACUCAAAGUCGGUAGACAUGUGGGCUCUGGGUUGUGUUCUGUACACUCUCCUAUGCGGAUUUCCACCAUUCUAUGACGAAAGCAUCGAAACGCUUACAGAAAAAGUAGCGAAGGGCCAGUACACUUUCCUCUCUCCGUGGUGGGACGACAUUUCCAAAUCUGCUCAGGAACUCAUCCGCCAUCUCUUGACCGUUGAUCCUGACAAGCGCUACACCAUCAAGGAGUUCCUCGCUCACCCGUGGAUCAGGCAAGCAGGGCCCACGCCAAGGGAAGAAAAGAAGAACAUCCUGCUCGAGAGUGUGGCUGCAUAUGAAGUCGGUAAAGUUGUGGACGGCGAAAACAAAUAUGACUUUAGGUCACCAGCGGCGGUAAAUCUUCGAGAAGUCUUCGAUGUCAGCUACGCGGUGCACAGGCAAGAAGAGGAGGCCAAAAUGAGGAAACAGCUUGGUAUAAAGGUUGGAGGGCCCGAACACCUUAGCGAAGUGACCGAGGCAGACGAGGAGCAAGAGGGUGCGGAUGUUAUUCAGGGCCAAGCGGGCACAAAAUCCCUCGAAACGAGCAUGCGCAACACCAAUAUCCGAGACCAAGACACCCAGCAUGAGAGGGGAAGAGAAAGGACACAAGCCCCUGCCCAUCAACAGGAGAAAGGCUACGGCCAACACUCUGCUGCCGUCGCGGCUGCCGCCCGUCAGCAAGUUAGGGAAAGGCAAAAACAGAAGGGUGCGUUCGAGCUAAGCUUGGACGGCGCAACGCUUCUGGGCCGGAGAGGCAUGAAGCCCGCGACGAGGGUUGGUGGAGCGUAG